AUGCCUUUCGUUCCAAGAAUUAACUCCCGCCGAAUCACUCCGCCUCUCCUGCCGUCGACUUCGAAGCAUUUGUCCGAAAAUGGACUACAUGAACCGUCUCAACUAUUAGCGAAGACAUUUGAAGAAAUCAUGGCAGAAUGUGACACAGAGUCGCUUCUGCAUGCAGACUAUUCGGACUAUUCGGACUGUUUGGACGACUUGGACAGCUUGAACUGCUUGAACUGCUCGGUCUGCGCAGCAAAAGAGGCUAGUAUCGUCGCCGCCGUUCAGGAUAUGGCAAAGCACAACACCAGAGCGCAGAACUUAAGGGACAUGCCUUCUCUUGACUCGAAGGACGUGGGACUUCCCUCCGAUGGACUCUGGGACCACGACGCAGCCUACGACCGGAGAUACUGUUACAAACAUGGGGAGUACGAGUAUCUAUUGGGUGCCAAGGACACAUGGAUGCGCCUAGGGAAUUUUGUCCCGACCAACGCCAAGACUGAAUUUCCGGCUAAGCUUGAGGAUGAUAUUAGAAUUAGGUUGGAGGAUCUCUACCAUAAGACUCGGGCCAAUCUCGAAGGUACGCUGUCGGCCUUCGACCCGCAUGCGCGGAAGUGUCGGGCAGAGUGCGGGGGCGGCCUUCUUUCUCGUGUGUAUACUGUCAUCGGGAAAAAGGAACACGAUGGUGAAAUGCUCUAUUGGAUUAUGUGGAAUCCUUGCUGGACCCCUGAAAGCCAGAUUAGUGACAAAGAUUGGCUUCCGAGAUCUCUACAGGCAAACAAAAACCCGCAUCGCCGGCGUAGCUUGCGACCGAGAGACGACUUGAAAGAGCAGGAGUAUCACCAUAAUGUGAUGCAGGUCAAGAAGCUUCGCAAGCUCUAUUGA